GAAUUGUUUCUACCAUAAGUCCAUUCCUUAUGUUUACCCGUGCAAACCUGUAAUUUCAAGCUGUGUUUACUGGCUUCUUUGUUGAAUCAUUGGAUCCUGUCACUGUGAUUCAUGUCAUGGGAGCCUUACAUGGUAUGUCUAUAAAAAGCAAAGGGACUCUUCAUGUGGGAGGGCCCCAUCUAACCAGCUAAGCAACAGUUUUUCACUUCUGUUUCUCUGAGGAAGUAAGAAGGCACAUGACCUGGCCCAGCUGAUAUGAGUUGCUCUGCUUGUUCAAAGUUCAGUCUACAUGUUGAAGAUUAGUGAGGGGGCGGGAAGUUUUACAGAAGGGUCUGCACUGUAGGCGCUGGUCAUGUCUUAGCAGGUCUCUGCUUGUCUUUCCUCCUGACAUGGGAACAGAGACAGACCCCUCAGUGUGAAUAACGCAACACAGAUGAUAGCGUCUUCUAGGGAAACUCCCAGAUGGCCCUAACACAAGUACAGGACCAGACUGCUAAAGGAGAAAGGAUCAAUAAGGAAACUGGAGAGUUGAGUGCUUCAGGGGAGUUAUCUGUCUCUGUGGAGCUGAAUGUGGACAAAGUGGACAGCUCUUGUAGGAACCCUCAACUCCUACAAGAGCUCAGAGAACAGCUACAGGCUCUGGGACUUCACGCAUGCUCGAGCCCUGACCACAGAACUGACCAUGUUAGUUUAGAGCAGAGAGAGGAGCAUCUGAUCAAAGUCCUGCCUCUUUAUAUACAGGUCUGUGAGGAUGGUGGCAGACUUGAAGGUUUAGACAUAAAAGGGCUUGCAGCUCUCACUGCUGACAUCGUCAUCCACAACAUUCACAGCAGACUGGCAGAAAGACCUGCAGAGGGGGCUCGUGAUCAGGUGGUCCAGUUCUUCCAGAGGUUGGAUACGAAGGAGGCAAACUGUGAGGCGAGAAACAAUCGAGGAUGGCUGCUGUUAAAAUCUCUGCUGCUUCUGACAGCUGACAGCUCAGAUAUAGUGUCAAGUGUAAAUCCCGGGCUUCCUGCUGCUUUGGUGAAAUGUCUGUACCUGCUAGUCUGCCUUCCAGCUAAAAAGGAGGACGUGGCCACAGAGGAGACUUUUCAGGAGCCGCUAACAAAGGUUCUCCUUCAGCUCUGUCGACUGCCAGUCAAUGUGGAGAGACUGGUGAAAACUCAGGAACUGCAGUGCCUUAUCAUUGGUCUCACAUCACUAUGGGACCAGACCAGUGCGGCCUGGAGGCACCAGGCCUCUCGCGUUCUCAAGGCAGUCUCUGCCGCCACAACAAGCAACACUGUCCCGAGCUUGCUAGAGAAGAACUGUAUACGUAUCUGCAUCCAGAACCUUUCACGCUUAAGUGCUGAUGUCUCAGGACCACUGCUGGCUGAGGUGGCUGUGGCUGUGUUCAGCUUCAUUAGAGACACCUAUGCCCUCAAUCCAGCUCUGUUUGUGGAGUUUGACACCCACAACGGCUACGUGGUCCUUGAAAACAUCUUGAAACGCUGUGAGGAAGGUGUAUCUCUGGAUCAGUUCCAGCCAGUGGAGGAGUUGCUGUCUCUCAUCGCAUCUUUCACCAUGCUUGGAAAAACUGAGCUGAAAGUGGCUCUUUGUGUCACCAACCCCCAACCUCCAGGCUUCAAGUUUGACCCGCCACUCACCAAAGGUGCAUCAGUGAAGAACCUGCCUGCCUUUCACCUGCUGCAGGCCUCCUUGCUGAGAUCUCAGGAUUCUCCGCUGUGCUGCCAGCUCCUUCGAACCCUGCAGACAAUAUGGGAGAUGGACGCAGCCAAUUUCUUUCUCUUAGAGUGGACUGUCCAGUCGCUGGCCCAGCUGGCUGCCUGUGUGUGGUGUAAACCAGCACCUGUCCAAAAGCUAUUCUUUUCACUGGUGGAGAUGGUAGUAUUUAAGAUGCACUACAUCCCACAUGAGACCUUACGGGCACUGCUGGGUGUGCUGAAGCAAUGCUGGGCUGGAACACUAGCUGGAGGAGUGGCAGGGAUACAGUUCGGAGUGAUGGCUCUCAAAUGUUUUAACAGGAUGACAGUACACAGUAGUAUGCUAGCUGAGGUGCUGAGUGACUGGGGCCUGCUGGAGCUGCUGCUGGGGGAACUUCGAAGAAGAGCUAAGAUCCUUAGGAAGGCUGGAGUUGUCUCUUCACCGAAUCCUCAGCAGCUGUCAGGUGUGGAGGACAGUGAAAGACUGCUCACUACCUGUAUGCUUCAAGUGGUGUCAACCCUUACUUUGCGUUCAAUCAAAAACACAGUUUCAGUGCGAGACCUUGGUAUGGUUCCUUACAUAAAGAUCUUCCUCGAUGAGGAUCAGUAUCGAGGUCCCACUCUGAGCAUUUUGGAGCAGCUAGCUGAGAUUAACCCUGAGGAAUUCAUGAGCACAGCCAUCGGAGCCCUCUGCUCCUCUACGCAGCAGGAACUUGGGUUGAAGCGGGACCUUUUGCAGUCUGUGCUGAAGGUGCUAGAGAGCCCCAACAGCUGGGACGCCUUCAGGAGAGCCGGAGGUUUCACCGGACUGCUGUCUCUGGUGAUUGACAUGGAAGGAGCUCUGUCUGACCCUCCCCAGGGAGAGGUGUGGAAGUCCAUGGGGCAUCAACCGCUGUUGGACCUCCUCCUCCUGGCUCUCCACAUUCUGGCCUUGGCUGUGCAUCUCCACACAGUAAAUGCGCACCAUUUUGAGGCUGGUGGCUUUUAUGAAAGGCUGGGGGAGGCUCUACUUCAGCUGGGCUGCUUCCACACUGAAGGCCCUGGGAAAGAGAAGUUUUAUGUGGAGGAGAGCUCCUGUCCAAAGACUGCAGAAGAUGGUCAAUCUCCUGGAAAGAAUUUCCAACAGUUUGUUGAGUUAGCAGAGGCCUGUGAAGCCCACUCCUCUGACUCCACCACUCCACAGUUCAAUCUGCCAGUCACUCUUCGGACAUGUAUAAAGCUGCUCUCCUACCUCGACCAGUUUGCCACGGGGACCUACUCUUCUCUGGAGUUAAAGUUGGGACAAGAGCCUGAGCAUGAGUGUGAUGGAGAUAAGGAGAAAUUAAAUGGAUCAGCAGGGCCUGACUUGGGGUCAGGCCCGCAGGCCGUAGAAGACACACAGGGAAGAUCCAGAAACAUAGCAGCCAGUAUUUCCACAGUCUGCUCAGAGUCUCAGUACAGAUUCACCUGCGAUUAUAUUAUUCUUCAUCCAGGAGCAAUCAGAGUUAUCAUGACGCUCCUUCCAUCAGUGUACACUCCUGAGGACCCACAGCUCUCGAUGGAGGUCCAGUUCUCUCUGGCGCACCACAUCCAGGCCAUGGUCAAAUCUGAACGAAACCGCCAGGUAAUGUGUGGAGGGGGACUGGUCGCCACGCUGCUGGAUCACUGUCGCAGCAUGUUGCUUGAUCCAAACCAUCCAUUACAUCUACCUGUUACAAGGAUCUUGGAGAAGCUCUCCUCCCAGGCCAUCACAAAUGCAGAUUUCAGAAAGUUCUUGAGUUUAGGGGACCCUCUCAUGUGCCUGGCUGACAAAACAGUCUUGCAAUCACAACUAGACUCUAACCCACCCGUCAAGCCUCCUGUUUCAAAUGAUCACAGUACACAGACAGAAGCCUCAGUGGGACCAGAGGUAAAAAAGACACUGAAGCGGACCUUCAGCUUGUUACAGUCCACAGCUCACAGCGAAACGUCUGUUGGUUCUGCAAUCCCGGUACAUCAGAUCAUCAGCCUGGUGUCAAUGACAUCACCACGCACCUUCAGACCAUACCGAGUCUCCUCCUCACCUGCCUUUGUAGAGUUUGACAUGAGUGAGAGUGGAUAUGGCUGCCUGUUCCUACCCUCUCUGGCCACAGUGAAAGGAGUGACUGCUGAUUCUAUUUCAACAGGUGGAAUUGGAGGAGACUGCCGGGGCUUUCCACCUGCAGCGGGACUCUCAUUUUCCUGCUGGUUCCAGAUCAACAGAUUCAGUUCAGCCUGUGAUUCCCACCCAAUUCGUCUUCUGUCAGUGGUUCGCCACAUGUCCCGGACUGAACAACAGUACAUCUGUUUGUCUAUCUCCUUCUCAGCCUAUGACGGCUGUUUGGUUAUCUCCACAGAGGAGGAAGCAUUCACAUACCUGGAUAUGUUGGAGCCAGAGGUUUCCACUCCCACUUCUUUGCCUACAUCACUGAGGUUCCGCUGUUCCAGCAUGCUGAUCCCAGGUCAGUGGCACCAUCUGGCUGUGGUCAUGGCCAAAGAGGUGAAGAAGAGAUGUCUGGUCUCAGCCUAUUUCAAUGGCAAGGCAGUGGGGACAGGAAAGAUGAGGUAUAUUCAGCCAUUCCCUGGUCAGUAUGUCUCCAUGGACCCCACAGCUGUGAUUGAUGUGUACGGACUGAUAGGAACACCAGCUCUUUGGAAGGAACAUGCUGCUCUAGUGUGGCGAGUAGGUCCUGCUUACCUGUUUGAGGAAGCUUUGAGCACUGAGGCUGUGGGCGUCAUAUACACACAAGGCACCGCCUAUGUGGGCAACUUCCUGGCUCUGGGCAACAUAGGCCACGAUCCAGAUGUUGAGUCUAUCCCUCUCAGGCUGGUUUCUGAGGAGAGGAUCUCGUUUGGCAUCAACCCAGCAGUUUCCACAUUAACCACCGUCGCACAGAUCAGAGAGGACUACAAUGAGGUGGACUGCAGGCUGAUUGCUAAAGAGAUGGGAAUAACAUCUCGGGAUCAGUCCACUCCUGUGCUCCUAGUACGAAACAUCAGCCAGCACCUGAGUGGUACAGCUCGCACCGUAGGAGCAGCACUGGUUGGACAUUUUGGCGUCCGUACGUUCACCCCCAGCAGGGCAUCCAGCGGUUUCCUAUACGUCGGUGGGCCUGCAGUUGUUCUCAGUCUAGUUGCAAUGGCUCCAGAUGAUAGCUCUCUGUACGCAGCUGUUAAAGUUCUUCUUUCCGUGCUGGAGACUAACUCUGCCAUGCAGCAGGAAAUGAACCGCAUCAAUGGAUACAAGCUGCUAGCUUUCCUGCUGAAGAUGAAGAUCAGUCUGGUCAGCUACAGAACCUUUCAGUUGGUUCUGUAUCUCUCGAGCUCAGUAGACCUGAGCUCGGGUUACCUGCAGAACAGACCUGCUUUCCAUGACCUGCUGUGUGAUCUGGAGAUGUGGCAGAAGACAUCAGAUAAUCUGGACCUUUCAGUUCUGAACCACUUUGCUGAAGUCCUGAAAUCCUCCAGUGACAGCAGAAAUGCCAUGGACAUGCACAGUAUGGGUCUGUUGUCAAAGCUGCUAUUCAAGCUUUCUGAUCCUACUGUGACCGUUCAGAAGGUUAAGCUCAUUUCUGGGGUCAUCACUUCCCUCCUAAGAGCUCACUCCACCCCCCAGGACAUCAGCAGCCUUGGGCUCUUCAUGGUCUACACACUCCCUCCUUUAAGUAACACAAAUGAAAGUGACAAGAUAUCUGACAGUGAUCUUUCACAGGAUACACCAGCUCAGAGUUCUGAUCCAGCCAGCCUCGUCUGGAUCCGCAACCAGUUGUUACUCUCUCUCUGUGAAAUCCUCAACUCAGACAGCCUUCUAGUAAAAGACCAGGAGAAGGCCUUAUUCAAGACCCUGGGCAGUGAUUGGUUCCUGCUCUUCCUUCAGCACCACCUUCACCCCUCCACCUUGAAACUGGGUCUCAUUCUGCUCACACACUUUCUGCUGAGUCCCAGCCAGCAGAACAGCUUCAGAGAGGGGAUAGUCCCAGCAACACUCAUAGAUGACAUGGAGGAACCUUUUACUGUCACAGACAACCUUCGAGCCCAUUCUUGGUCUUACGUGUGCUCCAGCAUCACCUGUCCAGGCUUUGAUAUUCUGCGGGGGCUGUUGGUCAGACACUCUCACCUGCCUCAGGUGUAUGGAGCCUUGGCUUCUUUGCUGCUGGGGAAGAAGGUCAUUCACACUGUAGAGGAAAAGGUGCAUUUGGAUGAUGUCCUACAGUCAUUGAUUGUCAGCCAAGUGGACUCUCCUGCUCAGCAGCUCUGUGCUGAAGCUGCUACAAUAUUGCUGGAAUUAGUCAAAGUCAUCAUCAGUGAGCCUCCAACAAAGCAUGUGUCAGACACCGAUGCAUCAUGGGAGGUGCAGCUCCCAGCAAGUGUGAUGCAGUUCUUUUGUCUCCUCCAUAACCUCCGGCCCAGAGACCCACUGUGGACAUCGACAGAGUUCCUCCAUGCUCUUGCUGGAGUUGUGUAUCCUCCAGACGAAUCAGAGGUUGUGGUUGGGCCUUGUGUAACGAGUGAAGGUGAGGAAACAUUUAACGGUCAAUUAAACAGGAAGCCAGUGUGUGACUUCAUCCGUAUUCUGCUAAUGGACAGUCUUCUUAAUGUGUCCGCCAACACCAACACACAUCCUCUCGUUCUGCUGCAGGAGUUUUCUCCUGAUGGUGCAUCACUGGCACAGAGGCAGAGUUUCCAGACUGAGCUGAUGGAGUUUAUCAUGGACAUCAUCCACAUGCUCAGUCAGGAGGAAGAAAACAACACUCAUCUCAGCUCACAAGUCCAGAGUGAGAAUCCUGACGGACAGAUGGGCACACUGAUGGAGAAUGUUGUGCUCUUCAGUAAGACUCUGCUGCAGAAGCUUUACACUGGGAUGUUCUUGGGAGACUCGGAAAAUUUGCUCAACUUCCUGGCAGAUCAGAUUGUGGCGGCUCUGGAGAAAGGCCAAACUCACAAAGAGAAGACGGUGUCGGCCCUCUACUCAUGCACCAAUAAUGUCCUGCUUUAUUUCUUGUCUCAACCACGACAUUCCCAAGAAGAAAAGGAAGAGGUCAUCAGGGCAUUACAGACAUUCAUGGACCGCUGGGAUGUUGUCAUGGCAACUUACAAUUCAAAUGUGAACUUCGUUACUUGCCUUCUACGUUGUCUUUUACUGAUACGAUCUGGCAGCUAUCCUGAAGGCUUUGGAUGCGUGCCACAAAAAGUGGACAACAAGAAGGCUUUGUCCCCUGUGUUUUCUACCAACACCAGACAUUCUGCACAACUCAGCAAAAGAGCAGACAUUAGCACAGAUGACAGAGAACUAGUGUCCUUAGCGGAGACCUGCUGGUCAAAGGUCAUGACCGAGAGGCAACACAUGCUUGAAGAAACCUAUAAGAUAGAGAUCUCGGUGAGACACACAGCGGAGAAGGGGCCUGUCAGCAUGACUGACAUCAGUCCUCUAUGGGAGGAGAUGGCGCAAAAAGCGUGGCUGCUACAUACAGAGUCUCAGAAGAAGGUGGCCAGCAGCUCUCAGGGGAAGUUUGAUAUGAUCAGCAGUGCUGUUCGCUCAGCUUUGGGCAGACAAGGCAAAGAGUUAGCAACAUUAGAGGAGUUUCUGUCCUGUAUGGAGUCACAUCGACAAAGAGGCCAUGACAUGUUUGAGAAUAUGAGAACAAACCACUUGCAGUUGCAAGCCACCGAGUGGGAGCGAGUGAGCGCCAAGUGGCUGAAUGUGGAGGCCGAGCUGUUGAGGGAGAGAGCUGUGUUCGGCCCUGGCCCAGGGGUGCUUCUGAGCCGAGACUGGGUUCAAGAUACUGCUGAGGGACCCAACCGGACCAGAUCACGCAUCCGCAGAAAGACUCUGAGACGAUCCAAACGGGUGCAAGGAACACUAUGUAUGUGUUUAAGGAACAACAUAUCCGAAGAGAGCAAAAAUGUUACAGAAGGUGAAACAGAGCCCAAGAUCCUGUGUGAAGUUGGAGCAGAGGCUAAAGAGGAUGAAGAGGAGGGAGGACAGGAUUGUGACCGCUUAACCUUCUUCCCCGUUCUGAAUGAGGCGCCUGCCAUCUCCGAGGGUGCACCUGACCCCUCCACCCCUGAACCCUGCUCCCACACACAAGACUGCCCUGACAUACGCAUCAUAAUGCAGGAGCUGCACCUUGGAGAGGAGGUAAAGGCUAAGAUGUGUGUGGUGAUGGUGAGUGGCCUCAGAGUGACAGAGGGGGUGCUGCUGUUUGGGAAGACGAGCCUGCUCUUGUGUGAAGGAUUCACUCUCAGUCCUGCUGGAGAUGUUUGCUGCAGGAAACACCACCCAAGCAGUGUGAGGGAUUCCUUUAUUUCCACCGUGCUGAGUAAAGAGCUGCCAUCAGCCAGGUGCAGACGCUGGCCCUAUGAGGACAUCAAGGAGGCCCGCUUCAUGCGUUUCCUUUUAGAGAACAAUGCUAUUGAAGUCUUCAUGAAAAACGGACGUUCGGCUUUCCUGGUAUUCCUGAAUAGAGAUCAUGUCUCUGCAUAUAAGAGGUUGUGCACAGUGGUGUCUGCGUUAAAAGGCAGAGGGGUCUCUGAGGUCAUUGCUAAUGCCAGGAAGACUCCUGUGGUUGAAAAGGCGGCCCUUGUUAAAUGGCAGAGAGGGGACAUCAGUAACUUUGAGUACUUGAUGCAUCUGAACACCAUUGCUGGGAGGACAUACAAUGACCUGAUGCAGUAUCCAGUCUUCCCCUGGAUCUUGGCUGACUACCAUUCAGAGACCCUCAACCUGUCAAAUCCUGCAACUUUCCGUGACCUGUCUAAGCCAAUGGGAGCUCAGACAGAGAAACGAAGGCAGAUGUUCAUACAGAGAUAUGAUGAAGUGGAGGAGGAAGGAGAUUUGUCGGCGCGAUGCCACUACUGUACCCACUACUCCUCAGCCAUCAUUGUAGCUUCCUUCCUGGUCAGGAUGGAGCCCUUUUCACACACCUUCCAGACAUUGCAGGGAGGGUUUGAUAUCCCGGAGCGGAUGUUUUACAGUGUAAAGAAGGAGUGGGAGUCGGCCUCAAGAGACAACAUGGGGGACGUCAGAGAGCUGAUCCCAGAGUUCUUCUACCUGCCUGACUUCCUGCUCAACUCCAACCACAUCGAGCUCGGCUGUAUGGAGGAUGGUACGACUCUGGGAGAUGUGGAGCUGCCUCCUUGGGCGAAAGGUGAUCCCCAGGAGUUCAUUCGAAUCCAUCGAGAGGCCUUGGAAAGUGACUAUGUGAGUUCCCACCUCCACCUGUGGAUCGACCUGAUUUUUGGGUACCGUCAACAAGGCCCUGCUGCCGUAGAAAGUGUGAACACAUUUCACCCUUACUUCUACGCUCAGAGAGGCGGGCAGAACGCAAAGGAUCCCGUCAUCAGGAGCACAAUCCUGGGAUACGUCAGCAACUUUGGCCAGGUUCCCAAACAGCUCUUCACCAAGCCACAUCCACCUCGCAGUGGCUCUAAGAAAGAGGGAUCAUCACCGGCCCAUCCCGCUCCAUUUUUCUUCAAACUUGACAAGCUGAAGACCACAGCACAACCAUUCAGAGAGCUGCCAAGAGGCCCUGUAGGUCAGAUAGUGUGUGUGGAAAAAGACGUUAUGGUCCUUGAGAGGAACCGUCUCCUCCUGUCACCUCUGUUGGGCUGCUUCUUCAGCUGGGGCUUCCCUGACAACAGCUGUGCCUUUGGAAACCUUGCCACAGAAAAGACCUUUGCAGUGUGUGAGAGUUUGUGUGACUGGGGGGAGACGCUGUGUGCCGCCUGUCCCAACCCAACGACCAUCGUCACUGCAGGAAUCAGCACUGUGGUGUGUGUCUGGGACGUAGCGGUCAGCAAGGACAAAGUCACUCACAUGAAGCUCCGACAGCCGUUAUACGGACACACAGAUUCAGUGACGUGCCUGGCUGUGUCUGAAGUCCACAGCAUGAUCGUGAGUGGCUCCUGUGACCUCACCUGUAUCCUGUGGGAUAUGGAAGAGCUAAACUACAUCACUCAGUUGACAGGACACACAACCAGCAUAUCUGCACUGGCUAUUAAUGAUCUUACUGGUGAAAUUGCGUCAUGUGCGGGACCUCUGCUCUACCUGUGGAACAUGAAGGGUCAGCUGCUGACACGCACUGACACAUCCUGCGGGCCUCAGCCAGACGUCCUGUGUGUCAGCUUCACGCAGCGACACGAGUGGGACGCCAAGAAUGUCAUCGUCACCGGCUGUGCAGAUGGCAUAAUACGGAUAUGGAAGACAGAGUACACCCGAACACAAUUACCUGGCCCUCCAGAAGAGCCUGUGUCCCCAGGGCAAGACCAAACAGAGAGAGACGUGAGCAGCUCAUGCCAGUUUAAAGGCUGGAAGAGACAUCUGGUGUUAUGUCAAGAGCUGAACAGAAGUCACCCCGCGUCACAACGCCGAUACAAGAAUAGUCCAGCCAUCACAGCACUGGCCAUGUCCAGGAGCCAUGCUACUUUGUUGACCGGCGAUGCCUGGGGCAGAGUUUUCACCUGGACUUGUGAGUGAGAGGUGGCAGGGAUUAAGCACAAUCAUGCCUCUGGCUACCAUUUCUACCCAAUGUUUAUCGUCUCAGAGAGACUCUGACACAGGAAAUCCAUCAGUGUCUCAAGUCUGACAGCAGCCGAGCAUUGAGAUCUGCCGUAUUUCAGGUUCGGUCUGUGUGUGCGCAUUCAGGGAGAACUAUGUAAUUAUAUUUGUUCAAGUCUCACACAAUAUAGAAUAUGUUGUCUCUUAUGUAGAUAUUUAAUUCUGUACGUUUCUUUGUAAAUACUGAAUUUCAACAAAUUUGAAUAAAACUAUUGACAGUUAUUUGCCUAA